GUUCACUGUUCGCGUUCACGAUCCUUUACCAGCGUAGAGUAGCCUUUUCAUCCAAAGGAACACGGAUGGUUGAAUUGGCCCCGACCUCGUUUUACUAUCGGCGGACUCGACGGAUAUGCUCUGCUUUCGGGCUUUCAGACGAUGCAAGCUUCUGCAGGGGAUUGUCUGAGCUGUUAGAUUCGGCCUGGUGCAAGGGAUGUUACGGUAUUCACGAGUUUUCACUUGCGUUCGCAAGUGAAUAUUAUCUGGCGCCACAAUCGGUUUAAAGCAGACGGCUUUUUCCUGACGUGCCGCCUGUCAACGUGGAAAAUGGCGUCUGCUUCGGUUCCAUUACUGAUGGAUGAUGAUACGAUCGCGUUUGGCGAGGAGGAUGAAGCUGUUCAACGUGGGGAUAAGCUAAAGCAUCCAUAUGUGACAAUGUUUCAUUUGGUAUUCCGAGUGACAGCAAUCGUUGUUUACAUGCUCUGUGGAUGGUUCUCAGAUAGCUUUAUAGCAAGCUUCGUUACUGUAGUACUCCUUUUAUCCAUGGAUUUUUGGACAGUAAAAAACAUCACUGGUAGAUUGAUGGUUGGACUAAGAUGGUGGAACUAUGUAGAUGAUAACGGCAAGAGCCAUUGGGUCUUUGAAUCAAGAAAGGGUGCCCAACAGAAUCGCAUAAACGCAGCUGAAGCCCGUAUUUUUUGGUUAGCACUGAUAUUGUGCCCAUUGUUAUGGGCCGUAUUCUUUAUUAUCGCUCUUUUUGGAUUAAAAUUCAAGUGGCUUCUUCUGGUUUGUAUUGCCAUCAUUUUAAAUGGUGCCAAUCUCUAUGGCUAUGUCAAAUGCAAGAUGGGCAAUAAUCAGAAUAUAUCGACAGCCACAAGCGACUUUUUCCGAAAACAAGUAAUACAAAACGUGGCGUCGAUGAUGACGAAGAGUCCUCCCACCACAAAUCCCACCAAUCAGGCAACAAAUAUAAUUUAAUUUUUUAUGUGAAUCAAUGUGAUGUUACUUUAAACCCACAUGAUCCUUCCACAUUUGUGUUUCAAUCGUUGUACAUAAUAUUUGUAAAGAAUGACAUGUGAAAGAGGAAAAAAGAAUGAAAGAGUGUAAUAAAAAGAAAA